UGUUGUUUCUUUCGUUAUGUGUAAGAUGACUGCCGAUUCAAAAAUUUUGUUAUGGAUGGUGAUACUGUUGGCUUACGUGGCAUUAAUUGUGGCCUCAGACUUAAAUUACGAGAACACCGUAGAUCCGGUGAUCACACAGGCAAUGCAAUGUCGUCCGCGAAUCCCUGGCCUGAGCAUCGCAGUCGUCAAAGAUGGCAAAGCUCUGCUAUCUAAGGGAUACGGAUUGGCUAACCUCCAGAAUGGAACCCCGGUCACCGAAUUUACUCUGUUUCGAUUGGCGUCAAUCACCAAAGCAGUUUCUGCGACUCUAUUGGUGAAACUGCUACAGCACAGCUCAAACCACAACAUUUACACGAACUUGAGAACGUUUUACGACAGCAGUUUCGAGUUCUCGAACACCAUUAGGACAGAGAAUGCAAAUAUCCGGGACAUUUUAUCACAUGCACUAGCCAUCCCUAAACAUGACUUCUUACGAUUGAACCCCAAACUUACCAGAGCAAACUUUCCAAGUGUUUUCAAACAUCUGAAGUCGAUUUAUCCUUUCCGAGAGACUUAUACGUAUACAAACGUCGCCUUUGGGCUCUCUACGACAAUUUCCGAGAGUUUAGGCGGGAAAUCAUGGGAAGACCUGGUUCAGAGCGAGUUGUUCUCGCCUCUUGGAAUGUUCAAUUCUUCUUUUAUUUCAAAAACGAAAGUAGGAAGCCAUGUGGCAAAAGGUUAUACCAAUGAUGUCACCAAAUCGACAACAGUAGAGGUUCAUCCUGAUAUUUACGACUCUUGGGAGAAGAUAUGUGGAUCAAUAUGUCUCAUGAGUUGUGCUCAUGAUAUGGCUAAGUGGAUGAAAUUCCAUCUCAGUGGUGGAUUAAACGAAAUUGGAAAUCGCAUCAUGUUGUCAGAAACACUUAAGUCCACCUAUAAGGCGCGUAACUCCAUUACAUCUCUUGGAAUAAGUAAAUACUUUUCGAAGCCGAAGGUUCCCCACACAACGAGUGAAGACAACUACGCCCUGGGAUGGAGAAAUGGUCAUUAUAGAGAAUAUAAAAUAUUACGUCAUACGGGAACCAUCCUCGGAUAUUCAUCGUUGAUUACUCUCAUUCCGGAUAUGAACAUUGGAAUCUUUACGACAAUGAACGGACAAGAUUCUGACUUCAUCUUCCGAACUCUUCUCCACAAUUACUUAGCAGACGUCGCUUUGGGGGAAGACACGUGGCUAAAUUCCAGUACGAUAUGCUCUUUUCCCGAACCAUGGUUCUCAACACCGUCAGAAACGUUACAUUUAAUCGGUAAAUCUAACAGACUCACCAGAUCGCCUUUGGAAUACGUCGGGCAUUAUCACAAUGAUGCAUAUGGGGAUUUGCACAUUUUUCGGAACUCCUCCACAGGGUUUAUAGACAUGAAAUAUGGUGUUGCAUUUUGGAACCUUUACCCAAAGCAUUCCCACGACCAGUUUGCGGCUGAGGGAUAUGGUAUUUUGGAAGGCCUUUCUCCGUAUAAUCUGCACACAAUUAGGUUUUACCAUGAAACACAUAGUAAUGGAUCCAUUUCUAGUGUUGAAGUCACAAGCUUUGAACCUAAAGACCCUCCCGUGUUCAUCAAAGUUUCCAGCUAUGUAGAUUCUAGUGUCAUUUUAGGGUAAAAAUAUUGGAAUCAUAAAGACUGCAUAAAAUUCA